AUGUUUUUAGUUGGCGGUACAAGCAGUGCUUGCUGUUUGAGGCCAGUAGGUGCUGGUGGACUUAGCGACUUAAAGUAUCUCAACAAUCUCACUGGAAGUAUGGAAGUCAAGGUCCAUAGAGGUUUAACAUAUGAUGCAGCAGAAGCCAAGAAAGGGGGGCAUCUGAUCAACAAGCAAAAUUUACGGGGCAUAAACAUAUGCUGGACGCAAAAGCUUUGUGGAAUGGAAAACCCCAGGUUUAUUGAAGAUGACAGUGAGGGUACUAAUGCAGAAGCAUUACUUCACGGCCUGCAACCCCACCCCAAUCUAAAAUUGUUUGGAUUGUGGGAUUAUCCAGGUGUGAGGUUUCCAAGCUGGGGGAGCUCAUUGAUGAAUCUUGAAACUUGUCUCCCGAAUAUUGUUGAAAUUGAACUUUAUGGAUGUAAGAGUUUGGAGCAUCUGCCAUUAUUGAGCCAACUUCGUUAUUUGAAAUCCCUUGAACUUGUUGGAUUAAUCAAAUUGGAAUACGUGGAGAGUAUUUAUGGAGACGAGGCACCCAAAGCAUCAGUAGUGUCAAGAAAAGCAGUAUCAGUAGCAGAUGAGUUAGUCUUCUUUCCAUCCCUUGAAAAGCUUGUUCUAGGAAAUCUUCAAGAGUUGAAGGGAUGGUGGAGAUCAUCAUUGCAUCUCGAUGCAGACUCAGGCGACAGUGAGGCUGUACCAUGUAAAAAAUCAUUCCCCCGAUUAUCUUACCUGCAUAUAAGGUUGUGCUGGAACCUGACAGAUAUCCCUCUCUGUCCAAAACUGGAAAAAUUGGAGUUGAGCAGAUUCAAUAAAGCAUUGGGUCCAAUAACUAGACCAAGAAGUGCGAGGAGAUGCGCUGUUGAUGUAAGGUCUUCCUCUACAGAAUCAAAUAGGCUGUACCCUGGUGAUGAUUCUCCAUCAGCAUCAAGUACUCGACAGACGCAGCAGGAGCAACAGCAGCAGCAAAUACCAGGAGGAUUGAAGGAAGUUAAGAUAGAUAAAGCAGGGUAUCUGAAAUCCUUGCCCCACGAGUCUUUUCAGAGCCUUUCUCAUCUGGUGGUAAGAGGUGACCAUGAUAUGGAAAGUUUAACGGAAGAGGCAGGGGAGGUGUUCCGAAGUGACCGUCUGUCCUCUCUACACUCCCUUGUAAUUUCUGACUGCUCCAAAUUGAAGAGGCUAUCAGGAGAGGGAGUGUGGGAGCAUCUCACCGCCCUUGAGAGCCUACAUCUGAAAUUGCUUUCUGAGUUGGAGUUGGAUGAUGAUUAUGGAGAUCUCAACACUCGAGAAUGCACAACCGAGGAUAGUCAUGGCACUGAUACUGACAUUCCCUGGAAAUACCUUCAUCAAACUCUGCAUUCCUUAGUAUUAUGGUACCUCCCAAAGCUGGUGAAGCUACCAAAGGGAAUGAACCGCUUGACUUCCCUUCAAUUCCUACAAAUUACAAACUGUGACAAUUUUGAAGCCCUACCAUCGUGGAUAGCCUGCUUCUCAUGUCUCCAGUCUCUUGUAAUUCGGAAUUGCAAACGACUGAAAUCACUGCCAGAAGAGAUUUGUCACCUCAGUUCCUUACAACAACUUGAUGUGCGGGGGUGUUCGCCAGUGUUAAAAGAAAGAUGCCAGGAAUCAACUGGUGCUGAUUGGCCCAAAAUCCAACACAUCCCUCGCAUUGAUGUCUAA